GUUGACCAACCGGACUCUUUUCUGAAGACCCCAUGUAAAGAAUAAGAAAUGGAAGACCCUCCUCUGCAGGACAAGAAAUAUCCGAACAGGCCUGAAAGAGACUCUGUCAUGAAAUCUUGGUUCUCUCAGAAAACUGGGCCUAAAUCCCCAGUUUUUCUUCAUAACAACGGGAAAUUCAAACGACCGAAAAUGGAGGAGUUUAAAGAGUUCUGCGCCGAAUCCUCAAUUCAUGGGCUGAAAUACAUGACAGAGGAUGGUGUAUCCUGGAUACAACGGGUACUCUGGAUUAUUUGGUUUAUUCUUGCUACCGCUUUCUUAAUCUUUCUCUUUAAACCCAUUAUUGACAAGUACAGCAAUACACCGACUAUAACUACUGUGGAUACAACAAACUAUCCGAUAGCCAACAUUGAUUUCCCCGGAGUCACAGUCUGCUCCAAUAUAAGGGUAUCAGCUAAUAACUAUAAAAAAGCAUCCAAGAAAGACCCGUGGAAAAAAUACGAUGAUGAAACAAAGCAUCAGAUGGUGACGAACUUAGUCAAGUUCAAUUCUGACAGAAAGGUCCUUUUUAAAAUGCCAAGUGCUGAAGAGAUGAUAGUUAAAGAAGAAAAAUUGGUCACUAACUUCAUGUACCAGAUUGCUCCCAGCUGCGAAAGAAUGUUUCUCUUCUGCAAAUGGCAAGGAAAACAGGAAGAAUGCAAGCAUUUUGUUACCAUGAGGAAGACUGAUGAUGGUUUCUGUUGUUCUUUUAAUGCUAUUAAUUUGGCAGAUUCCUUUGCAAAGGAUGAAAAUUCAACUGGAGACGACUUUGCAAACCCAUAUGCCUACUGUGAUGCAAAUACAGGUAGUGGAUCAGGCAAUUCUUAUGACAGUGGCUAUGAGUCUAAUCCAGCUGAGGAGCCUGACGGGAGUGGUGAUGGAGCUGAUACUGGAGACGGAGCUGAAAGUGGUUCUGGAAGUGGAAGUAAUUUCUAUUGCCAAGGCAUGUCUAGUAGUGGUUCGGAAACCCCUGACAGUAACACUGGUGAUGAAAACGGGGAUCUCAGUUUUUCCGGGCUAUUGGCUGGGUAUGACAAAGAUAACACCAAUGUUUGCCAAGUACCGACAAAACCGCAAGCAUAUAGAAAGAAGAGAAACACAGAGGGAGAAACUCCUCCUGAAGAAACUGAAACUCUAGGAGAAGGUUUGAAUUUGGAAGCAAACUCAGAUACAUUAGAAGUUCUUCAAGAAUCAGAGGAGGAGACAGUAGGGGGAUAUACAAUACUAAGAACCAAUAUGGCUGCUCAGGAUCUUGGCUUUUCUUUUCUGAUAGAUGCUAAUGCGAUGGAUGAAUUUAAGAAUAGUUGGAAUGAGUUAACAUCUAACAACUUUUACAUCGGCUUUAAGGUUCUGGUCCACUCUCCUCAUGAAUUUCCUGACGUAACUAAAAAAGGAAUGGCAAUUCCACUAGGCAGUGAGAACUUCAUUGGGGUCUCCGCACAAAUUACAGAAUCGUCAGAUAGUGUAAAGGCGAUGUCUCCCUCCCGAAGGAACUGCCUUCUACCGGAUGAAACUCAAGUUCCAGAAAUGAAUGUGAGUCUUGGAGCGUUUAAAGAAUACAACAAGGCCAACUGUUUACUCGAGUGUACUGCUGCUGCUAUGCUACAGUUGUGUGGAUGUAUACCAUACUACUAUCCAGCCUUUCCCAAAUCAUUUAUUGAUAAAAAUAUUAAACUGACAACUUAUACUAAUAGCACUGGAUUUUGCCAUUACGAUAAUCUUGUGUGUCUCAGCAUGCAUCGAGGGUAUUUCAAUGCCUACGCUACUCCUGGAACCGAAGAAAGCUACGGAAUAAAUCUUGGAUUGAAUUGCAAUUGCCCAGAUGAUUGUAAUCAAAUUGUGUACACAAAGGAGAUGUCAAACGGGGUGUUGAAGGAUAACAAUGAUGCCUUGUACAAGAAUUCUUUAUGCGAGGGAGGAUGGACAGAAGACGCUAGUUCUAUAUGCGAGAAAACAUUGUUCAAACAAGAGUUUGAUCAACUGACAAAAUACGCGGCUAAAAUUCAGGAUUAUAACUGUCACGAAGGGACAUUUAAGAAGAAAAUUGAAAACACUGCAUAUGUGCAUGUGUUUUUUAGAGACAUCGGAGUAACGAAAUUCAAUAAAGAUCAGCUUUUUGGAUGGCAAGAUAUUGUAGCCCAGUUUGGAGGAACUGUAGGACUAUGUGUUGGAUUCAGUUUACUGAGUGGAUGCGAGAUAAUCUACUUCCUGUUCUGUAGGCGUUGGCUCAGGAAAUAAAAAGGUUUAACAUUUUUUGGUAUGCUGCAAUGAAGAAAAUAAUGCUGGAAAUAUAAAAAUCAUUAAUUAACAUGAUCGAGGGUCUCAUAUUUUUCUCAUAUGUCAUGCUUGUAAAACGAAUGAUAUGUUUCCAAUAUUUAUCAAUAUAUCUAGAAAUUCAUGAAA